CGAUUUAUUUAUCCUCCUUCUCCGGAGAAACGAGUAUGAUAUAAUUACACACACACACACACACACACCACAUACACACACAACGGUCAGUCAUAUUUUUCAACCGGUUAGGUUAGUUCGAUCGGACCGCUCAUUCAGUCGGUGUCACUACGGCCACGCGCUCGUCGACGUUGUAUUUCGUGAGAUCUGUUCUUAUUUCUUUUGUAUGAAUAAUAUUGCAGGACAUAAAAUGGCGCAGUCUUCGUUGAAACAAGUGAUCAACUUCGGAGCCGGACCGGCCAAGAUCCCCAAACAGGUUCUGGAACAGGUCAAAGACGAACUUUUGGAUUGUGGUUGCGGAAUCAGUGUUAUGGAACUUAGUCACCGGUCAUCCGAGUACACAACCAUCAACAACCGAGCUAUUCAGUUAUACAGAGAAUUACUUAAUAUCCCAGAAAACUAUAAAGUAUUGUUGAUGCAAGGAGGAGGAACCGGUGCUUUUGCUUCAGUAGCGUUGAACUUAUUACACAGGGGCACAAAAGCCGACUACAUUUUGACAGGCGUUUGGUCUACUAAAGCUGCUAAAGAAGCAUCUAAAUACUUAAAUGUAAGACACGUGUUUCCAAAACCGGAAAAAUUUAAUGGGAUUCCCGAUCAAUCUACAUGGAAUCUAGAUCCAGAAGCUGCAUAUGUGUAUUAUUGUGAUAAUGAAACGGUGAACGGAGUUGAAUUUCCUUUUAUUCCGGAGACAAAUGGCGUUCCAUUGGUGUGUGACAUGUCAUCCAAUAUUAUGACGAAGGUUUUUGACGUGACUAAGUUUGGCGUGGUGAUAGCUUGUGCGCAGAAGAAUCUCGGUCCCGCGGGUAUAACUGCAAUUAUUAUACGCGAGGAUCUUCUCGGAAAACCAAGCCCGCUUUGCCCACAAGUCUUCGACUACACACUGUUCACUCAAGAGAAUUCUUUACUUAAUACACCUCCAACUUUAAUAGUUUAUAUAUUUUCACUUGUAUUACAAUGGGUGAAAAAUCAAGGAGGUCUUGUUGCUAUGGAAGCUAACUCAAAAGCAAAAAGCGAACUUUUAUACAAAACCAUAGAGAAUUCUCGAGGUUUUUAUUCAUGUCCGGUGGCUAAGAACUCUAGAAGCCGCAUUACUGUGCCGUUCUGUCUAAGUGCGGGAGCUGAGGCUGACAAGCAAUUUCUUAAAGAAGCACAAGAUUUAGGAUUUUUACAGCUUAAAGGACACAGAUUGGUGGGAGGAAUUCGAGCGGCCAUGUAUAAUGCUAUGACUUUAGAUGAAGUGGCAGUUCUAGUUGAAUUCAUGACUAAGUUUCAAGAACGAAAUCCACAAUAUUCCGUUUAAAAAUAAUUAAAAUAUUCAAUAUUUAAUAUA